CUUGAGCUUCAUCACGGUGGUGGAGCAGAGUCGGGGGGGUGUGUUUUGAGUUUGGUGGUGAAUUUGUCAGCACACUGGGAUCAAUGCACCUGAUCAUGUACCGGAAACUCUCGCUCAAUAACUGGGAUUAAUCUCGCUGGAUGAUGCAGGCUCAACAAUUAGAUACACCAGUCAAACAUAACUUCAUUUGUCUACUUCAUGUUCCUGGUAGUUAGUUUUCGGUUUGCCUAUUUCCGUGGUCUAGUUGGUAUUAAUAAAUGCUGAAACAACUGCUGAUACUGCCAUAUCACUACAGCCACAACUUUGUUUUGAUAAAACUGAACAUGAAUUGAUUCAGAAUUUCACUGAAGCAGUUCUUUUAAUUUCCAGAAGGUCCUUUUUUACAUAACAGACAAAAUCCAGAUGUUUAGAAAGUCAGAAAUUCUGACUUCAUUAUUUCAUGGGGAAAAGAAACAGCAACAAUGGCGUUUAAAGCAUAUGUUUCCAAAUAAUUUUCUCAUCCAUGCUUAGCCAAAGAGAGACAAAAAGGCACAGCCAAUGAACAUUUGUCCAUAUUUGAAAAGAAAACAAGAAAUAUCGCUUUUUUAAAGACCGAAAACACCUAAGCGAAUCGUGACAAAACCUUAAUUCUGAUUUUAAACAUCCUUCCUGCAAUGUACCAAAAUGGCCACUUGAUGGAGCCAAAUCUCCGCUAGAAACAGUUUUCAUUCCAAACUCGACGUUAGAGCAUUUCACUGUUCAGUUUAACUACUGCCCCUACAGAAUUAGACAGAGUUACCAUUGCUGGUUAUUAACCUAAUUGUAUCAUCAAUGUUCUCCAGAUAUUUACAAUAGAAUAUCCAGACCUGACCAUGCCUGUUAUAUUUUGUAACGCUCUCCAGAGCUUGGCCUCUCCAUCACACCUAAGUCUUGCCAGUCAUCGGAGCUCCUUGCGUGUAUUCUUCAUGCUCCUGUGCCGUUCUGAAGGUCCUGGAGAUUCCUGUCUAAAAAAUGCCCUUUGCUUUGCCUCAUAUUCCUCCAAACCUGUCUGAGCUCCCUGCACAUGGCACCGGCGCCUCAGCCUAACUCUGCAUCUCCGUCUCCUUCUCUCCUCAGCAACAGCCACACCCUGCUGCCCACCGCCCCCUCCUCCCCCCACUCACUCCAGCCUAUUAGACUCCGGACUACCCCCUCUUUCUCACAAUAAGCGUCCAACGCCAUGUCACACAUUCAUAUUGUGUUCAUGCCAUGAGUCACGUGUGUCCUGAAAGACUCCUGAAACAAACAAAUAAUCAAAGUACAAAUAAUAAAUCGUUCCUCUCCCAUGUGUGCGCACUGGCUGAGAAUCUCUGUUGCGCCGUAUGUUUUGCCGUUACGGUAAUUUAAUUCCUGGUGGGCGGGGCCAUCCACUCUUUCUUCAUUGUCACUUCUCUGACUCGGACGAGGUGUCAGUGUCGCUCACGCGCUGAAACCUGCAGGAACCAUUGCAUCCUCCUGACCUCCAACACUGGUCCAGCCGCCCCACCCGAGCAGUUGACCUCUCCCAAGGUCGGUGUCCCAGCAGACAGGAAUGGCAGACGGACGGCAGCCAGAGGAGCGCUGGGCCUCCAACGGACAUCAGAACGGCUACUCGGCCUAUGGGUACAAAGAGAACGGAUACCUGGGUGGAGCAGCUGCACAUCCUGUUGCCACAGUGGAGGACUCAGCCAAUUUGCCUCCCUCCCCUCCCCCUUCUCCAUCAUCUGGGCCCGUGGCACAAGUAGGAGUUGUCAGUGCUUUUUCUGCGGAGGAGCAUCAGGAUGAGGAGGAGGCUCAGGAAGAGCAGAGCUUUUUCCAAAAGGAAGUAAGAGAUGAGCAACGCGUAGACUUGCUCUUAGAGCAGUCUGAUUCUGUAAGUGAGGAGCAGGCUUCAGGCCUCCAGCAGGCCCAGCCACUUGAGGCCGUCAAUGGAGCGAGUCAUCCCAAUGAACACAGUCCAUCACAAAGAGCCACACUGGAUAAGGAUGUCACAAAGGAGACUUGUGCAAGGGAAAAAGAUGAAGAGAAAAAAGAAAGGGCGCCUCUGACCAAAGAAAUGACCUCAACUGAGUCAACCCUCUUGAGCAUGGAAGAGGAGCCCUUUAGUUCCUGCUCGAUCAUGCAUGAAUGUGACACCAAGAGAUGGGAAGUUUAUGAGCAGGGACUGAAAGAAGGAGAGCAAGAGAGGAGUCUCAUUACAGACGAAGAAGCAGAUCCUUCAUCAGGUCAGAGGUCAGAACAACUCAGAGUAGCUCUUCAAGUGAAAGUGGAAACUGAGCAACCACAGUUAAACCCAAUAACUGAUGUGGAAUCUGGAUCCCAGGAUUAUUUUGAAACGGCUGCCAUGGCCUUACCCCAAACCCAAAGCUACUAUGAGAUCAGCAAAGUGGUAGACAGUCUUGGAGACAGUGGAACAGAAAAGAGACAAGAGCAACCAGCCAAUGUCAUCUCAACCUCUGGGGUGCCUGUCAACCCCCUGAUAAACAACACUGCUGGGUCAUUGGAUGGAAAGCGGGAAGUGCUUGAGAAUCCAAAGUCCAUUUCUGAAGGCAUUUCUAUAGCCCCUGGAACAUGUGAUGACAUUGAAGUUGGCCCCCUUUUCCUUUCACCUGCUAUUGCUACUGCUGACUUGCCUGAAAACGUAAAAAAGGUGUCACCUUCCGAUAGAUAUGGUCAUGGAUUUCCACAGUCAAGUAGCUAUUCUGAGAUGUUGGACCUUGCUGGGUCUUUGCCACAGCCAUCGCCUGGCCAAAGGAAUGUUUCCAGCAUGAGACGUAAAUCCGUGCCAGCCAACAUAUCUGCUCUAGUCGGGGGGGUUUCAGCCAUGCCUGGUUUUCAAGGUCUGCUGCCGACAGUGGAAGAGGUAGGCUAUUGUGUUCUCAAUGAGUACCCAGCUCCCCUUCCUUCACCUGCUGAUGCGCCAAGCCCAGGAGAUUCUUCUUAUCAGUGCUUCCCUGCUGCUGAAGGUAAAGUGGAGGUGGAACAUGGAAUUCCAGAAACAGAAGGAAUCCGUAAAGCGGUUAACCUUGAUGAUCAGGAAAGUGUUCCUGACACCUCACGUAAAUCUGUCUUUGAAAAGAAAGGCUCACCAGUAAAGACGAGCUUGGUCCUAGAAAAAGCUGUACCGUUCGGAAUGAAACCAGACCGUCUCAGAAUUCCAAAUACUACUUCAAAGGACAGACUGAAUGAGUUUGGUUUAGAGAGCGGACUACCGGAUGACAUAAAGAUCCAUGCAAUUCCAGAGGUUGAUGUUGAGAAAGACCCUUCCAGGGAGGCUUCUCCAAUUCCACCUGACAGGUCCUUCACUUUUGCAACUGGAGAACAUGGUAGCACAGUGUCGCAGACCUGCAGUGCCCCAGAAUCUCACGAGAAGAUCCAAACAGCCACAAAAGGCAAUGAACAGAAUGUUUGUAAGUUCCCACCGGAGGUUAAGAAAGCAUCUACAAUUGAAGAGGAGUUGGAUAAAAAGGUGCCAAAGCACCGGUCUGUAAAAUCGGACAUAUCGAAAAGUGCUAUGCUAGAAGUCAACCUUGAUAAAAGUGGCACCUCUCCAGUGAUUGUCAUACCACAAGCAGGAGAGGAAGGUGAAGAAGAGAAUAGCCACAUGGCCUGUGAGCCACAACAGAUGACAACAGAUGAUGUACCCACAGAAAUGGAACCUGAAAUAUACCCUGAAAAAGAGGGAACGACUGUCCAGGUAAAUGUUCUACAAAUUCCUUGCGGGACAGCCAAAGAAGCAGAAGAGCAGAAGCGUUGUGCAGUAAUUGCUGGGCAGGUCCACAUAUAUGAGCACACAGCCAUAGAGAGUCCUCUAAUGGUUAGGGAUGGAAAGUCCGGGGGAAGUCGGCAAACAGAUGCAGCUGGCCAAUCUGGGCUUGACUAUGAUGAUGCCAGAAAUAAACAGAACAUAAUGAACGAAGAGGAAAAACAAACAGUGGAAGAUGAACUUGGGCAAGAUAUCGAGGUUGGUCAGGAAGCCAGCACCUAUGAAGUGAGUGUCGAAGAAAGCACUGCAGACCUCUCCAUCCUGGACACAGACAGUGGCUGGAUAGACUCCAAAGGUACCCUGAGCUAUCUGUUUGAGUUAUUGUUUUCAAUUCACAAGAUUUGA